UCUUGCGGUUGUCGUCAGUCAGAGCUCGAGCCCCGGUCGCUCUGCGUCGUGUGCGUAUAUCAGCACUCAUCAUAAAUAAAUAGCGUCCGAGCCAUCGGGAGCAGACCGAGAAGUAGACUACUCCAUUUCUUAUCCAGUUGAGCACUAGCUCGCACGUAGAACCAUGUCGGCGACGGUACAAACAAACGGCGAGGCAGGUGGAGGAGGUAGCGCCGACUUGCUCCGAAAAAAGCCCCGGGUCUCCGGAGCUGGUUUGCCUGGCCAACAGGCCAAGGUUACGGUCGUUCUGGGUGCCCAGUGGGGCGACGAGGGCAAGGGCAAGGUUGUCGACAUGCUCGCCACCGAGGCCGACCUCGUCUGCAGGUGUCAGGGAGGAAGUAAUGCAGGUCAUACUGUAGUUGUAGAAGGUGCGGAAUACCACUUUCACCUUCUACCUAGUGGAAUAAUCAAUCCCAGAUGUAAAUCAAUUAUAGGAAAUGGAGUCGUCAUUCAUUUGCCAGGCCUAUUUGACGAGCUGGAAGAAAAUGAGGCUCAAGGCCUUAGGGAAUGGAAGGACAGACUCAUCAUAUCGGACAGAGCCCACAUUGUUUUUGACUUUCACCAACAGGUCGAUCAGCUGCAGGAGAUUGAAAAGGGCAAAGGCUCUCUGGGCACGACUAAGAAGGGCAUUGGUCCGGCAUACGCCAGCAAGGCUGCAAGGACUGGCAUUAGAAUAGGAGAUCUUGUCGGAGACUUUGACAAGUUCUCCGAGAAAUUUGUAACUCUGGUUGCAUCCCAUCAAAAAAUUUUCCCCUCUUUGAAAGUUGAUGUCGAAAAUGAAUUGAAGCGUUACAAAGGGUACGCAGAGCGUAUCAGGCCGCUCGUCAAGGAAACAGUUCAUUAUUUGCACAACGCGGUAAAGAAGGGCAAGAAGAUAUUGGUGGAAGGUGCUAAUGCAGCAUUAUUAGACAUAGACUUUGGAACGUAUCCGUACGUUACGAGCUCGAAUUGCAGUAUUGGUGGCGUGUGUACUGGUCUUGGAAUACCACCAACUGUCAUUGGCGACAUCGUGGCUGUUGUAAAAGCCUACACCACGCGAGUCGGUGAUGGACCAUUUCCUACUGAAUUGUUGGACGCUACGGGUGAUAUAUUGCAGAAAAGAGGGGCUGAAUUCGGAGUCACAACCAAAAGAAAAAGGCGCUGUGGAUGGCUUGAUGUGGCAUUGCUUAAGUUCACAGCAAUCGUUAAUGGUUAUACGGCUAUAUGCCUGACCAAGCUCGACAUCUUAGAUACAUUGCCAACAAUAAAAGUCUGCAUCGGAUACCGUCUGAACGGUAAAGUGAUUGAUUAUUUCCCCAGCAGUGUAACCGACUUGGCGAAAGUCGAGCCGAUUUACGAGGAGUUUGAGGGAUGGAAGACAAGCACGGAAGGAGUCCGUUCUUUUGAUAAUUUACCAUUGAGUGCUCAAAAAUACGUACAAAUCCUAGAGGAUUGCUUGGAAAUUCCGGUUAAAUGGAUUGGUGUGGGUGCUGGCCGAGAAAGUAUAAUUGCCAUUUGACACUCGAGUGAGGAGUGACGGCAUUGCGCCAGUUCUAAUGUAUUAUUAAGGUUAAUUGUUACUGUAUUGUUUACAAUAUGGAGCUGAUGCGCACACAUAACGUAAAGGAAUUUGAAACAAGGUUACUUAAAGUGUGUAAGGCAAAAACGAGCCUUGCAUUGAAGAAAAAGUCUGGUACGUUCUUAAAAAAUAUAUAUAGAAUGAUAAUAAUAAUAAUGAUAAUAACAGAUGACUUGCUAAGAUUCAUCUAGAUGAACUCUAAUCCGAGUCGUGUGGAACGGGGAUUUUGUUAUUCCCGAGUAUUUUUCUCCGUUGUACUGUAAUGAAUUAAAAAAUGUACAAAUAUUUAUAAACCCUCUUCGGUUAUCACUUAAUUAAUUUCAUAGUGUGCUUAUGUAUAUUACGGUCAUUCAAGUCGAUUACUACUUAUAUAUACAUACACUUCUCAAUGCCGAAUCGAGUUGUGAAAAUCCGUGAUUAUAAUUUGAUUGCAUGUGUCUGAUCACUUGAUUGAGAUUCUCGUCUCGCUCUUGCGCGCCGAUUUUGAAACCAAAUUUUUAUCUGAAACAUAACGAUUAUUUGUUUCUGAAUAUAUAGCAAGUAUUUUUGAAAACAGUAAAA